AUGAUUUCCUGCAUUUGUUUGGGACCCAAAAGAUCGGGAAAAACUCAUUUAUUAAAAGCAUUACAAGAUAACGACUCUAUAGAUGAGACUAGCUAUUCAACUCCUACUAAUGGCACAAGUAUAUACCACAUAUUAUUUCCCACAAAAAACAGCCAUGAUGAGGGUAUGAAACCAAAACCUCCACCUACUGCCGCAGAUGUGGAUGGUAUGGCGCUUGACGGAGAGCAGUCGAAAAAGAAAAAAUCCUUACCACCUCUUAAGUCUAUUCGUAUUUUGGAAAUUGGAGGCAGUAUGGCACCUAUAUGGCGUCAAUAUUUUAAUGAUGUCAAGAAACUAAUGUAUGUCGUUGAUACUGCUAACUUAUGUCAAAUAUCGGCAGCAGGUGUUCUAUUUUAUUCAAUAUUGGCUGAGCCUCGUAUACAGAAGGUUCGUAUUUUAUUGGUUCUCUCUAAAAUGGACUAUGCCUAUCGUCAGAUGCGUAAUGAGGCUUUACUAAUGCUACAAAUGUCGAAAUUGGAAAAGGAAAUAAGACAACGUGUGACUAUUAUCGAAGUUAGUCCCGUUAGUAAAAUGGGUUUAGAUGACAUUUAUAAUUGGUUAAAAAUACCUUAA